CUUACCGUACGUAUAAAUUCUUCUCCCUCUUCCAAUUCAAAACCCUGUAAACAGAACAAGGACCUAAAACCCUAAAACCCCCUUCAAUGGCUUUAAGAAAGCCGAACCUGGCUCAUCACUCUUACUUUAAGAUAGGAGACGAGGUCGAGGUCACCAGUUCGGACCACAGCCUUCGCGGCACGCUGUUCCCCGCAAAAAUUAUAGCCCGGCUCUGCAAAACCGAUAAGGUCGUAGUUGAAUACAAAAGCGUAGAGGCCACCAAUGUACCCUUGAGGGAAUCCGUUGACAUGGUGCUACUAAGGCCCUUGCCUCCACCGGAAAACGAUCACAGGUUCGAUUUUGGCGACGAGGUGGACGCGUUUUUUAGUGGCGGAUGGUGGGAGGGAGUAAUCACUCAAGUAGCUGAGGGUCCGGCGUACUGGGUUUACUUUAGGUUUUCGAAACAGGAGUUUUAUUUUCAACCUUCGGAGCUGCGGCCUCACCGUGAGUGGGUCAAUGGAACUUGGCUCCCAUCUAGGGAAUUGUCACUUAAAACAGAAGCAAAUUCAAGCAAAGCAAGGAUGAAUAAGUUUAGUGAAGGAACAGCAGUAGAGGUAAGCAGUGACGAAGAUGGAUUUCAAGGUGCUUGGUUUGCUGCAACAAUUGUCAGUGCUAUAGGACAGGACAAAUACUUCAUUGAGUACAAGAGCCUGAGAACAGAUGAUGACAUGGACUUUUUGAGAGAAGAGGUUGAUAUACAGCACAUAAGGCCUCGUCCUCCUGAUGCUGUGAUGAUUGAUAGUUUCAAUCUGAAAGAAGAAGUUGAUGCAUUUUGCAAUGAUGGGUGGUGGGAGGGUGUGAUUUCCAAGGUUGUUAAGGGCUUACGGUACAGAGUUUACUUCAAAGGCACAAAUGAUGAAGCAGAGUUUCAGCACUCUGACCUAAGACCACGUCAAGAUUGGAUAGAUGGAACUUGGGUCAGGGCUUCUCAGGCCUUGAAGUUCUGAUUCAUCCAAGCAGGAUCAUAUAAUGUUAGUGGGAAAACAGGCGCAUUCAUCUUCACAUUCAUUGCAGCUCGCAUUCCAUACGGAGGUGCUGUUUAAUGUGAGUGGUACAGAUUUGUUGAUCAAGAAAUCAAAAUGUCCCUAGGUGUUUGGCUAACAAUUGUAAAUGCGGUGUUUGUUUUAUCAAGAAAUAAAAAUGGUUUACUUUGCCUUUUGUAUUCUUU